AUGAGUCUUACCUGGUGUGCCAGCAAGAACCAUGAGUCUUACCUGGGGAACACCAAUGUUUCCUCUCCUCAGGGGAACACCAAUGGUUCCUCUCCUCAGGGGAACACCAAUGGUUCCUCUCCUCAGGGGAACACCAAUGGUUCCUCUCCUCAGGGGAACACCAAUGGUUCCUCUCCUCAGGGGAACACCAAUGGUUCCUCUCCUCAGGGGAACACCAAUGGAUCCUCUCCUCAGGGGAACACCAAUGGUUCCUCUCCUCAGGGGAACACCAAUGGUUUCUCUCCUCAGGGGAACACCAAUGAUUUCUCUCCUCAGGGGAACACCAAUGGUUCCUCUCCUCAGGGGAAAACCAAUGCAACCUCUCCUCAGGGGAACACCAAUGGUUUCUCUCCUCAGGGGAACACCAAUGGUUCCUCUCCUCAGGGAAACACCAAUGGUUCCUCUCCUCAGGGGAACAGCAAUGGUUCCUCUCCUCAGGGGAACACCAAUGGUUCCUCUCCUCAGGGGAACACCAAUGGGUCCUCUCCUCAGAGGAACACCAAUGGGUCCUCUCCUCAGGGGAACACCAAUGGUUUCUCUCCUCAGGGGAACCCCAAUGGUUCCUUUCCUCAGGGGAACACCAAUGGUUCCUCUCCUCAGGGGAAAACCAAUGGAUCCUCUCCUCAGGGGAACACCAAUGGUUUCUCUCCUCAGGGGAACACCAAUGGUUCCUCUCCUCAGGGAAACACCAAUGGUUCCUCUCCUCAGGGGAACACCAAUGCUUCUUGUUUGGUGGCGCCGGUAGUGUGGGAGCUGGACGCGGACGUUGAGGGCAUCCUCAGGACUUUAAACGGACCUCAAACCGUGGACCCGGGCUUCCAGCAGGGCAGGCGGAGGGGCAGGUUUCGGGUCGAGAGACAGACCCUGUCCCUUGGUGCGAACACCGGGGCCUCACUGCGGUGA